AGCAGUCCCAAGAUGGGUUUACGAUUGGGAGACGAGGCGCCGAACUUCAGAAGCGAAACUACACAGGGCGAGAUUGAGUUCCAAAAAUGGAAGGAGGGGGUUUGGGCUAUCUUGUUUUCUCACCCUGAGGAUUUCACACCAGUUUGCACAACUGAACUUGGGCAGGUCGCGAAAUUGAGGGGCGAGUGGGAGAAGCGUCAUGUCAAGGUUAUUGGGCUAUCCUGCAACGACCUCAGGAGCCACGACAAAUGGAUCAGCGACAUCGAUACAACCCAGGUAUACUUCCCCAUCAUCGCCGACCCCGAACGCAAAGUAGCCACCCUCUACGACAUGCUGGACUACCAAGACCCCUCCAACGUCGACAAAAAAGGCCUGCCCUUAACCGUCCGCUCCGUAUUCAUCAUCGACCCCUACAACAAGAUCCGUCUGACAAUGACCUACCCCGCCGUAACCGGCCGCAACUUCACAGAGAUCCUGCGUACAGUCGACUCGCUGCAGUUGGGUGACAAGCGACGCGUGGCGACACCGGCUGGGUGGAGCGGGUUGAGCGACGAGGUGAUUAUUCAUAAUGGGGUUAGUGAUGAGGAGGCGUCGAAGCUGUUUCCCGGGUUCAAGACCGUGUUGCCGUACCUUCGCACUACGAAGAUUGCGGAAUGA